AAAAAUUUCAGUUAACUAGAACUUUUCAAUCUUCUGAGGUGCAGUUCUAUGUGAAUCAGGACCCUCAACCCGUAUCUUUAAUGGCAGCUGUCAUCAGACCAAAACAGAACAUGCUGUGAACAUAUGCUCUUUUUUCUUUAUAGGAGAGCUUCUGUUUUGCUUCCACAUCCUACUUUACUCCGGCUAAUCUGCUAAUGCAGUGAAUUGGAAGACAACUGUUACCAGGAUAACCUGUAAUGGGCAAGGAGCCACAGAGAAGAAAACAUUUCUUUUAAUUUUUAAACUUGGUUGAAAGACCAGCAUGUUUUGGAAAUUUGAUCUUCAUUCAUCAUCCCACAUAGACACACUUCUAGAAAGAGAAGAUGUAACACUGAAGGAGUUAAUGGAUGAGGAAGAUGUUUUACAGGAAUGUAAAGCUCAGAACCGCAAACUUAUAGAGUUUCUGUUAAAAGCAGAAUGUCUCGAAGAUUUAGUCUCAUUCAUUAUAGAAGAACCACCUCAAGACAUGGAUGAAAAGAUCAGAUACAAGUACCCAAAUAUAUCUUGUGAGUUGCUCACUUCUGAUGUCUCCCAGAUGAACGAUAGGCUGGGAGAAGACGAGUCCUUGCUCAUGAGGUUAUAUAGCUUCCUCCUAAACGACUCCCCCUUGAACCCACUACUUGCCAGUUUCUUCAGCAAGGUGCUCAGUAUUCUUAUCAGCAGAAAACCAGAACAGAUUGUGGAUUUCUUAAAGAAGAAACGUGAUUUUGUAGACCUUAUAAUAAAGCACAUAGGAACUUCGGCCAUCAUGGAUUUAUUGCUCAGGCUCCUGACGUGCAUCGAGCCUCCGCAGCCCAGGCAAGAUGUGCUGAAUUGGUUAAAUGAGGAGCAAAUUAUCCAGAGACUUGUGGAAAUAGUUCAUCCAUCGCAAGAAGAAGAUCGGCAUUCAAAUGCUUCACAGUCACUUUGUGAAAUUGUUCGCCUGAGCAGAGACCAGAUGUUACAAAUUCAGAACAGUACAGAACCAGAUCCCCUGCUUGCCACUCUAGAAAAGCAAGAAAUUAUAGAGCAGCUUCUAUCAAAUAUUUUCCACAAGGAGAAAAAUGAAUCUGCCAUAGUCAGUGCAAUCCAGAUACUGCUGACUUUACUUGAGACACGGCGGCCCACAUUUGAAGGCCAUAUAGAGAUCUGCCCGCCAGGCAUGAGUCAUUCAGCUUGUUCGGUCAACAAGAGUGUUUUAGAAGCUAUCCGAGGAAGACUUGGAUCUUUCCAUGAACUCCUGCUUGAGCCACCCAAGAAAAGUGUGAUGAAGACUACGUGGGGUGUGCUGGACCCUCCGGUGGGCAAUACCCGAUUGAAUGUCAUCAGGUUGAUAUCCAGCCUCCUUCAGACAAACACCAGCAGUAUCAAUGAGGACCUCAUGGAGCUGAAUAGCAUUGGGGUCAUAUUGGACAUGUUCUUCAAAUAUACGUGGAAUAACUUUUUACAUACACAAGUGGAAAUUUGUAUUGCACUGAUCCUUGCAAGUCCUUUUGAAAAUACAGAAAAUAACACAAUUACUGAUCAAGACUCCACUGGUGACAAUUUGUUACUGAAACACCUUUUUCAAAAAUGUCAGCUAAUAGAACGGAUACUGGAUGCCUGGGAAAUGAAUGAGAAGAAACAGGCCGAGGGAGGCAGACGGCACGGCUACAUGGGACACCUGACAAGGAUAGCUAACUGUAUUGUGCACAGCACUGAUAAGGGCCCCAACAGUGCAUUAGUACAGCAGCUUAUCAAAGACCUUCCAGAUGCAGUCAGGGAGCGGUGGGAGGCGUUCUGCACAAGCUCCUUGGGAGAAACUAACAAGAGGAACACGGUAGAUCUAGCCUUUUCUGAUUAUCAGAUGCAACAAAUGACGUCCAAUUUUAUUGACCAGUUUGGCUUCAACGAUGAGAAGUUUGCAGAUCAAGAUGACAUUGGCAAUGUUUCUUUUGAUCGGGUGUCAGACAUCAACUUUACUCUGAAUACAAAUGAAAGUGGAAAUAUUGCCUUGUUUGAAGCAUGUUGUAAGGAGAGAAUACAGCAGUUUGAUGAUGGUGGCUCUGAUGAGGAAGACAUCUGGGAGGAAAAGCACAUUGCCUUUACACCAGAAUCCCAAAGACGAUCCAGCUCGGGGAGUACAGACAGUGAAGAAAGUACAGACUCGGAAGAAGAAGACGGAGCGAAACAAGACUUGUUUGAACCCAGUAGUGCCAGCACGGAGGAUAAAAUGGAGGUAGACUUGAGUGAACCACCCAACUGGUCAGCCAACUUUGAUGUCCCCAUGGAGACAACCCAUGGUGCUCCCUUAGAUUCUGUGGGGUCUGAUGUCUGGAGCACAGAGGAGCCAAUGCCAACUAAGGAGACAGGCUGGGCCUCUUUCUCAGAGUUCACGUCUUCCCUGAGUACAAAAGAUUCUUUAAGGAGUAAUUCUCCGGUGGAAAUGGAAACCAGCACCGAGCCGAUGGGCCCUCUGACUCCCAGUGUUACCACACUGGCCGCACAGCCGGAAGCACCAGCCAGUGUAGCCAUGGAAGCCAGCUCUGACGGAGAGGAGGAUGCAGAAAGUACAGACAAGGUAACUGAGACAGUGAUGAAUGGCGGCAUGAAGGAAACUCUCAGCCUCACUGUAGAUGCCAAGACAGAAACCGCAGUCUUCAAAAGUGAGGAAGGAAAACUGUCUACCUCUCAAGAUGCUGCUUGUAAAGAUGUCGAGGAGAGCCCUGAGACAGCAGAGGCAAAGUCUGCGGGCCCCCGGCCCCCCAGCAGUAGCCCAGAGCAGAGGACUGACCAGCCAAGCCUGCCAGGCGACACAUCCGUCAACGGCCCCGUAUGAUGAGUGACCCCUGCUUGCUGCUGACUGAGGACCGCAGGCCGCCACCGCUCGGGGCCUCUGGAGACUUCACCUGGAGCCCGCCAGGCCGUCACUGCUGCACUCACUCUGCAAAGGAUCAGGACCAGCAACCUUUAUAUUCUAGAUUCUAAGACAUUGUACAGAGAAAUCCAGAAGUGUAAAAAUAUUGCACAUUGACAAAUACCAAGAAUUUUUGCGUAUGUUUAUAUUGUAUUGUUCUAAAUAAUGGGUAGCCUGUGAAAUAAGAUCGUGCCACCCAUGUAAUAAUAGUAGUAAUGCUAUAGUUAAAAUGGCUGUAAGAAUAGUUUUAUAAAAGUGAAUACACAGAUCUAUUGUAUUUGAAACAUAACUAUUUGACAAUUAUUAGUGUGACCAAAGUAUUAGGCAGUUUUCAUACAUUUUUCACCUUGUACAAAAUUCUGAAUUCAUUUCUCUUCCAGGCUGGCAAGGAGUUGUAGGGUUGAAAUGCCCUCUUAAGUGUUAUUUUGGUUGUUCUAACUUACAAACGUGAUUUUGAAUAAGAAAUAUUUGGUGUUCUUUUUAUAACCAGGUUUUGAUUGGUAACUGUUUUCUGUAUUGUUUUAAACGGAUCAAAAAAUGUAAGUCUAUUGGUAGAGAUUAAGUAUUUAUUGCUACAACUUAGUUGAUAAAUUGAUGUUACUGUAAAGCCAUAUGUUCUGUUGAAGUCUCGUUUGCUUGAAAUGGUUCCUCCUACAGGUGAGACACUAGACUGUUUGGGGUGUACGUGGCUUGUGGUUUGAGUUACUUUGUUUCUCGUUUUUGUUUUUUUUGUUUGUUUGUUUUGGUAGUUCCUCUGCCUUUUAACCCAUUCACCCAAAUUUACCUUGUUAACAAGCAUCACCAGUGACCAUUUCUGAGCAGUUUGCAUAUUUAACAAACCUAAACUGUAUCAGGCAGGCCAGUGGAAGAGUGCUCGCGCUGCAGGUGGAUCAGAGCGCGUUCGUUUUGCAGGCUAGUGUUUCCAGCUAGAAAUCAGAACCUGGCACCUACGCAUUGGGAUUGUUCUCCUGUACCUUGUGAGGUUUCCACGCAUAAAUUCUAAGCCAGUGUGUUUUUUUUAGAACUGGUUUGUGUAUAUAUAUAUAGUGAUUAUGGAUACUAAUUCAAUGUAAUUUAUAAUUUUCUAUGUCAAUAUAAAAGUACAUCACAGCCUUCUCAAACAGCUGAAGCAAUAUAUCGUAUAUUGCCAUAUCGUCUGGGGAAAGGGUUAAAUUUCUUCACCUUGCACUUUUAGAUGCAGAUCAGGUUUUCAUUUCUGUAAUAGAAAACUGUUCACGUAUUUUUACAUCAUUUGUUUGUCCUGACCAGUAUUUAAAACCAAAAGGAUAUUCUGAAUAAUGGCCAACGAUUUUUUUAGAACUAGCAUCCCAAGCAGCGUGCCUAAACAUUACAUUGCAUAUGGAAAUAAAAGAAUCAAAUGUUUAAUGCCUUAUUUCUCAUUUACUUUUCCAUUGUAAAUGGUGUCGAAAUCCUGUGUGGGGCUUCCCGCGGCAGACCCAGCACUCGAGGCCAGUGGAGUCAGCGGCACGCCCUGGGACGGACGGCAGGUGCCCCACUUGGCCUUUGCGCACCUCCUCAGGAACCUUUGUUGUGAGCUCCUCAGAAGAGACUGUCCUCGUGCGUUGUCCUCUGGAACCCAGCGCCGCCAGAGGACAGGGCUCCUUUCACGUGUCUCAAGGAUGCGGACUCCGUGACACAGGGCCUUGGGGACCGCUGACGGCUAGCAUGCUCUUAUCCUGCCCGGUGGAGAGUCUCGCUGGCCACCGUCGGGGCUUGGCUCCAGGGCUGCCACGCCGCUGCCUCCAUGCAGUUUGGAUUUGGUUGGCUUCUCCAUCCCACCCAAGGUAACACAGCAUCUUGUGUCACCCCCCUACUGCUGACAUCCGAGCACUUGAGGUUUUUCUUUGGAGUAGUGUUUUGUUUAGCUCAUCUUACGUGGCAGGGAAAGGACACGAGGAUGGAAAGAAGAAAGUCUGUUGCGGGUGCCAGCCCAAGGGCCAGGAGUAAAAGUACACUCUCAUUUAGCCUCUACUUUAGUUUCUGUGUAUUGGCCAUACUGAAUUGCGAGACUAAUCGAUGUCUACAAUACAGUACCUGUAUUAAAAAUAACUACAACUAAAAUAA